AUGUCUCAGCUGGGAACAAAAAUUAGUGCAGCGAUGCUGUUGGUCAACAAGAAUUGGACUGAGCUAUCACUCAAUCAGACACUGGAUGAUGUCAAGGAAGAGAAAUCUAAUGUGUCAGCGGCCAUUAACAUUGUCAAUAGCAUCAUAGAAAAGCAUAUGAGAUGCCUUUAUCGCUGCUUUAGCAGGAAACCGAUUGAUAUUGAAAGUGUUGCUUUUUGUUUACAAUUGCUAACUUCCAUGGUUGAUGUCAAUACUAUUACAGCACGUGAGGUCUCUUCCAACUUUAAUUUUUCUUACAAACCAUUCACCAAUUUAGCACGCCGGCAUUAUGAGAAGAAAGAUAGCCCUCGAUACCAUUACAUCAAGUUCGCGUUAGCAAUUCUACGAUGUGGAGAUUUGGAAGUUAUCACACAGUCUCUGAAACUAAAAGACUUUUUUCAAGUCAUUAUCAAAAAUCUCACCGACGAUCCUCCUGAAUUAAUUUUAAAUGUUUUAACGACAUUUCUUGAUAGGGUGAUAAACAAUGCUGAACUCCCUAAGAAGAUCAAAGUGUUAUUUUUUAAUAGCUACAAUUUAAGUCAGUUUGCUAGCCUUUACAGUAAUACACAAAGUAUCCCAAAGAGUAAUCCAACAUUACAAUCAAAUUCCAAUUUCGACAAGCUAAUACGGAAGUACCAAUCGGAUGAUUCAAACAGAAAUGAAGACACAAUUUCUAUCCGCGUGCUAAUACACACUUUCCUUUGUUAUAUAUGCUGUUCUGUUAAGCAUGGAGUUUGUUUCGCGAGUAAAUCUAUUACCGAAAAUAAAAAAAGGUCGAUGACAACUACCAAUAAUCCUAUUCUUCUGAAAUUUUUACAAAAUAUCAACAAAAUGAAUGAUGAUACCCUCGUACAAAACUUAAUAUGUCGGAUUGCUGCAAAUUGCCAUGAUGUAGCGUUUUCCUACGUGCAAAAUUUACCUAUAGCGAUAGAACCGACAGCUUCUAAUUGGGUACCAAACAUGACAUUGCUAUGCAGACUUCUUACCUUAUUACCUAAGCCUCCCGCGGAGCUAUUGCCUACGAAUUGUAAUACCCAAAACAUCGCUGAUACAAUUUUACCUUACAUAAUUCCAGCUAUUGUAAGUCGUUCGACUUUGAGUCGUAUUUUGCAGAAUCCGUCCCACCUAACACAACUUACUGGAUUAAAUAUUCUACUCAUACUGCUUCAACGAACUAUCGAUUUUGUCAAUAUGCAAAGACAAAUCAUCGGUAACUCUAACGAUGGCAUCUUAAAUGUUACACAAGCAUCACUUUUCGCUCAUCUACCCGAUAUCAAAACAAUAAUUAAGAUGAAGUCACUACUAUCAGAUUCCGGUGAAGUACUUGAUGUAGUUAAAUUACGCUUCGUCCAAGUAAUGAGAAAGUAUCAAGAAUUAUCGCCUACAAUAUUUCAAAUGGAAAGUGGUAGAUUCGAUGUCAGCAAUAUGUUAUUGCAGACUAGAGAGUCCACAAACGAAUCACUAGAACUCGAACUCAUUCAAUUGCUAUCUAAUGUUCCUAUUGAUAGCUUUAAAUGGCUGCAGACCAAGUCAUCUAGCAGCUCACCUUUCAGAAUAUUGCUUUCCAUAUAUCAAAAUACAGCACGUAAUCAGACACGAAAAUUGACACUUUCAUUAAUUCGUAAGAUUUUAGCCAAUACUGGACUAUUUGAGAAAAAUGAGCCGGAAAUUGAUUUAUGGAUAGAAUGCUUGAGAGAUCAUAGUGUACACGAUAUAGCAUUCAUAAAUGAUUGGUUAGAUGAAACGAUAAGGCAAUUAUUGCAAAACCCUUACGAUGCGAUAGGUGUUCUAACUUCCGAAAACGCAAAGGCAGCGACGUCCCUAAAUAAAGGAGAAGGCCCUAGUCUUCCAUGCAGUCCUCUUGCAAGUGCAAGCUUACUAUGUUACUCCAGAUAUAUGGAAAGUGACAAAACCGAAAAUUACCCAAUCCUUAGAAACUUGGCACAAUAUUUGGGUAGGAUUUUUAAAGGUAUCAGUCGCUAUCGGUGUGACGUACUUGGAAUUGUUCAUAAAUUAGUUCUAAAAGUGAUCGAUAAAGAAAUCUUGUCUUCUAGCUCAUUGGGAGAUAUUGUCAAUUUCUGCAAAGACUUUCUAAAAAAUGAUUAUGAAGUUGUUAUCAACAUUGUAAGGCGUCGAUCCUUAAUUAUCAUAGGAAAACCUAUUGGAGAAGAAUGUCUAAAAGCAUUACUAAAUCAGUAUACAAUAUCAGAUCUACUUGAAGAAUUGUUUUCAUUAUUAAUUGACUCCGUCAUUGUAGCUAACAGCGAAAAUAGCAGUUACAUAAUACCAUUAUCGAAACGUAAAGCUGAAAAUAACGACCUCGAGGGAACCUCAGUAUCACCUAGGAAAUUAAAGAAGCUUAUUACUAGCGACUCAGAACCCUCUUAUCAGCACACUGAUAUUAAGUUGGAACCUUAUAUUUCUACAAUUGUGCUUAAUUCUAUCAAAACAUCCAUGAUUUCUUCGGAUAAUGUCGACGUACUAUUAAGAGAGUUUUUGUACUAUGUAGCUAUGGUCAUGUCAAGCUUUCAUAUAGAAAAAGCGGUAUCUGAUGAAGUAGAACUUAUAGUUAUCCCAGCGUUCGAAGAAUUUUUUAAUAAAAUUUGCAAUUGGAUUGAUAAAGUUAAAGCAGUUGAUAAUAAUGCCGAGUCCCUAAUAUUGAACAUCGCCAGUGUAAUAUUGCAUAACUGUUUGAUCGAUCUCUGUUUUGAACUCAAUUACAGCCGUAAAGCAUUAUUGAAGACCUGGCUGCUCGGUUAUGCCAGAGUUGUAUUUACAACUUAUACAAAAUUAAAUCAUGGCAAUUCUAAGGAAGAACUUAAAGAUCGUUUUAUAAUGAAGUAUAUUUCUAAAUUGGGCUGUAACUACGAUCUACUUGUGCACGAGCAAUCCCAAUUAGAUGACUACAAGAAUCCUGACAACAUCGAUGUAGAUAUAUGGUUGCGUUUGGUUCGUGAAUUUUGUUCUAGCUUCGAUGCAAAAAGCAACUUAAAAAUUUUGAAUAUCGUUCUUCAAUCAAAGUUGCCUCAGGAUGACUUUAGAUGCACCAUUUCGUCAGUUCUUCCACAUAUACUACGAAAUGAUACCCUAAUUAGUCAGAUGCCGGAAAAUCUUUGGUUUAACCUAGUGUCAUCGACAAUAAAUGAAGAUUUCGGAUCUUUAGAAACAGCUAUAAUAGACGUUAUGCUUCAACACGUUAACAUACGUCCACUACCAUUAAGCACUGUAAAUUAUUGCUUAAAAAAUAGCGGUAUAUUACAUCUAAGUGUCCUGACGGCAUUGAUUUUAGAUAGUCCUUUGCAUGUGAUGAUCUUUGAAAAUCGAAUAUUAUCAAGCAAAUCCAUUCCUCUUGAGUCUGAAACCUCCGAAUUUUUAAAGCUUUUGGUUCAUUACUGCGAGAACGUUAACCAGAAUAAUAAAAUAUCUGGCAAGUACAAUACUCCACACUUACGAUUAUACGCCGAAAUUUACGUUUUCAAUGAAAAUUGUACUCUUUGUUCACGCUUUACCGUAGUUUCUUGUCUAAAGAUGUUUGCUGAAAUGUUUUGGCCAAAUGCUUUUAACCUGUUACACAGUAUUCCUGUAACAUGUGAUUCUCCGAAUGAGUCGAUACUGUUUAACAUUCUGGUCAUCAAUAUCUGCUUAGUAGACGAAAACCAAAUUACUCUAAUGAGUCAGUAUUCAAGCAUCGUCCAAGCUAAACUAACGGAGAUGCCUUUAUUUUGCAGAGUUUAUGUCAAAGUUCUACACUUGAAAUCGAUUUUUGGAAAAAUUUUGUUGAUGCCAUUUGCAUAUGUUACCGAAGAUGAUGAAUGUUCGAUAUUGCAAUUGCUUAUCACCAUUGAAAAUUUGUCAUCCGGAAGCUGCUGCGAACAAGAUGAUCUGGUACCGCUGCUGUGUAUUUAUACAGCCACAUUAAAGAGGAAAGAUCAACAAACACUGUAUCUCCUACAGAAAUACGAAUCGAAUGAUUUUCCGAUAGCUAAUGUUUGUUCACCUAUAAUUUGGGGCCCUGCUGCUAAAGAAUACUUUAAAAAUCGAAGUAAAUCUGCUAGCUUUCAAACUCUCUGGGAACAACCUAGUAUGCAGGAAAUUUUAUCAAUUCUAGAUCGUAAACAAAUGAGAAAAAGUAUCAUUAAUUUUCCUUUAUCUCGCAAUUUAAAGGCGAAAAUAGCACAUUGGACAUCAUAUUCCGACGAUCCUACUCUAUAUGAUCCUUGUUUCCUGUUACCACUCUUUUGUGGCCUGCUUCAACCAGGUUGUGUUGUUGACUGUCAUCAAUUCCUGGAAAGAGAUUGUUUAUGCUAUUCUGCAGCUGCUCUUACCUCUGACGAAGAUGAUAUUCGUGCCAUGGGUUACUACAUUUUAAGCACGUUUGAGUCAGUUGCCGCUGAUAGUAGAUUUCGCGAAAAAACUCAGAUUUUCAUGGUACUAGACACCUUAAAGAACAGUAUCACUAGCCCAAACUACAAGCUAGCCGGCAUUACAGUCAAUUUAAUUGCAUGUUACGUCGAUGUUGUCCUUCAUCCCGAGGAUAAAAUGUAUCUAGUGCUCAACGAAUAUCUUCUGAAGAAACCAACUUUAAAUCUUCGUUCGUUACAUCUGUUUCAAGGCCUGUUUACAAGCCCUAAUGAGAAGGAGCGAUCAUGGGCAUUGAAUCUCUUGAAAAAUAGUUUUCGAAGAAUUGAAGACUACAGCCUAUACAUAAAGGAAGAAAUUACUCUAUCUUUAUUAUGUUAUUACAAUUCCUUCUCUUGUGAUACAGAGUCUCAGGAUGCUAUCUUCCAGAUUUUUUAUAAUGCUUGCAAAAUACCCAGUAUAGCAGUAUCUUUAUUAAAACAUUACGGUUUCAUAAAUUGGAUCCAUAUUCUGCUUCAUGAUAAGCGGCGUGACUCGACUAUUAGAACGAAUCAUGCUUUGAAUAUUCUUCUACAGUUAUGGACAGCUGCUAAAAAUUUGAGCGAUGUACGCGUGGUAAAUGAUAUUGCAAACCAAGUUUUCCCUUUGUGUCUAAUUGUGAUGAAAUAUUUCAGGAAUUAUAUGGAUAAAAUUUGCAAGCUAUUAACGGCCGAUUCGAGUAUAUAUCAUCAAUUUAGUACGAAAAUACUGCCGCAAUUCGACGCGGGUCUUAUCGAAGCUGAAUCACCAUUAAUGAAUCAUGAAUAUGUGAUAGUAUCCACUGGAUUAAUAACUCAAGAAUUAUGGAACGAGAAAUUACAGCCAGUUAAUUUCCUGUUAUACAUCGCACGUUGUGCAUGCUUUGAUGGCUCUUCCAGUAUGGAGAUAGGGCAAAAUUACAUCCAGCAAUUAAUGGAUAUCUUAGGCGGUGAGAAGAAAGUCAAGCAGAUUUGCAAAUUUAAAGACUAUUUUUAG